UCUCGUCUUCUACCCAUCUCUCACCCGUCCCCUCUAUAUAUAACGCCACUUCUCUUCCCCUGCAUCUCUCUCCUACCAUCUCUCUCCUUCCGCCACCACCGUGACCCGCCGGAAUAUCCACCGUCGGCGUCACUUACAUCACCAUUACCGGACAAUUUCCCUUCCUCUCUUCAUCAUCUCUCAUCUCUCUCCCCAAAUCACAACAAUUACAUACAACACAACAUAAACCCUCACACAUCUCAUAAUAUACACACCUAAAUAAAUUCUCCCCCCGCCUCUCUCUCUCUCUCUCACACACACACACACAUUGUAUCUUCGUGUUGGAUUGCAAACAAGCAAAACCCUAACAAACUCUGUUUCAGGUUCCGGUGGAUGUACCGUAAGUAAAGUGCAAUGUUUGAAGGUCUCGUCAGACAAUUGAUUGUCGGUUAUUUAGGGCGGUAUAUUAAAGACAUUCACAAAGAGCAGCUCAAAAUCACCCUAUGGAAUGAAGAAGUAAAACUGGAAAAUGUGGAGCUGAUUCUUGAAGCUUUUGACUACCUUCAGCUGCCAUGUGCUCUGAAAGAAGGUCGUGUUGGGAGGUUAAGCAUUAAAAUUCCAUGGAAGAAGCUUGGUUGGGACCCUAUCAUAAUUAGUUUAGACGAUGUUUUGGUCUGCGCAUGCCAGCGGAACGAUGAGGAGUGGAGUAAGGAUGCUGUUGAAAGAAGAGAAUUUGCUGGCAAAAAGGCGAAACUUGCUGCUGCAGAAUUGGCAAAAUUGUCAAAACGUUUUUCUGAUGAUCAGGCUGGAACUUCAUUCAUUUCAUUUAUUACAGCAAAGAUUCUUGAUGGCAUUCAAGUUUCCAUACGGAAUGUCCAUGUCCUCUAUCGUGAUAUGUUGACGGACGGGGCACAUGUGGAGUUUGGUUUGAAGUUUUCUAGCUUGACGUUAAUGAAGCAAAGUCCUGCCGGGGUUUCAAGUGGAAAGGUGAGAGGUAAUCAAGUUGCAAAACUUGUUGAAGUUCAAAGCUUAGAAAUCUAUUGUAGGACUUUUCAAAGAACUCUUGAUGGAAUAAGGAUUGGUAAUGAUGGAACUGAGCAUGUUGAUAGUACAAAGAACCUACACGAGGGGCAUAUAAAUGUCUUGGCUCCAGUUGAUGUCUCGAUAUCUCUUUUGGUGAACAGACCUGGAAAUCUCGAGAGUGAUGCCCCACAAUAUUCCAUUAAUUUCACCCUAACUGGUUUGGUCAUUUCCCUGGAUGAGGUGCAGUUGCAAGAAAUUUUGAAUCUAUAUGAUUAUCUGAGUACUUGUCGUUUGAGAGAGAGAUAUGGACAAUAUCGACCUUGGGCUAGUCCUUUAUCAAAGAAAGUUAAGGGAUGGCAAAAGUUAUGGUGGCAAUAUGCUCAACAGUCUGUGUUAUCAGAUGUUUGUAAAAGAUUGAGGAAAACUUCGUGGAAAUACCUUGGAGAACGGCUAAGCCGACGUCACAAGUAUGUGAAACUGUACAAAACGAAAUUGGAGUGUCUUCGACAAGAACUGUUGCUUGAUGACGAUGUUCUUUGGGAGUUGGAGCAGAUUGAGAAAGAGGCAGAUAUUGAUGAAAUAUUAGAUUAUAGAUCUGUUGCAGAAUGUGUGAUUGAGGAAUUUCUAGAAGAUUCUUCUUCUAGUUUUGGAGCAAAGGUUGCUGACGUUGCUGCUGAUAAUUCAGUAGAUGAUGAGCACUCUUCUAGUAAGCCACGUGGAUGGUUGAACUGGCUGUCACGUGGCAUGCUCGGUGCUGGAGGAACAGAUGAUUCUAGUCAAUUUUCUGGUGUUGUUUCAGAUGAAGUAAUCAAGGAUAUCUAUGAGGCAACCAAAUUUUAUUCAGUACCUUCCUUAGGUGGGGAGACAGCUUCGGAUGAAAUUUUUUUAUCUUCUGUGAAGUUCAACAUUAAUCAGAUCACUGCAACACUAAGGAGCAUGAAACAUAAUCGUGCUAUUGCUGAUUUGCUUUUCGAAGGGGUUUUUAUUGAAUGCAAGAUGUGGGAGAAAUCUGCUCUAGUUACUUCAACAAUCAACUCCGCUCAGAUAGUUAAUCCAUCAAACAAGCAAGUCAUUUUAGUUAUAAGAAGGGCAAUUACUUCCAAACAUGCUCCUGAACUGAUGGAAACUUCUGUAAAUAUACAAGUUGAUUUGUCACCCCCAAAUCAUGAUAAUGAAUUAUCAGUAAAGGUUAUGCUUCAAUCACUGGAAUUGACCUUUGAUUUGGACUUCAUCCUUAAUGUUAUGGAGCUGUAUCAAAUAAUACGCUCAUUCACAUUUCAGCAAGAAAGGGUUUUGUUAUCAUUGAAUGGUAUUGAUGAUGACAAAGUUCGACUGCUAUCAAAGGCCGAAUACAUGUUAUCCAGUCGCAAGAGGGUUAUGUGGGAUGUCCAAAUUUUCCAUAAUCUGAUAGGUGUAAUAUGGCAAGAUACAAAUGCAGAUACUUACAAAAUGGUAUUGGAGUCACAAGCUCUUAUCUUUCGGUCGAUACGUGAUAUGGGCUCUGCUUCAUCGGAUAUGAGUUAUCAGCCGCGCCUCUUUGAAUUUCAGCUCUCAGACUUGUAUGAUUGCUUUGAGAUCAAAUUAGAUGAUUUUGAGAUAAAUCUAUUACUGCCCUUGAACUCUCAAAUGCUUUCUAUCUUGGAUAAGCUUGGUGUUUCUCUUACCUUGUCAUCAUGUAUCCUCCCAGAUGAGCCGAUCCUGAAAAGCUCCGAGGUUUAUAUAAUUAUAUCAUCUUUACUUGCACAUUUUUCGCUGUCAAGAUAUUGUGCAAUACUGGAAUUGAUUUCUAACUUCAGUGCACUGAAACCGGCAGCAGACCCAGCAAUGCUGAAAAUGGCCGCCUCGUCACAGAAACAAUUCAAUAGAGCAAGAACUUCUAAUCUUAAUUGUUUCUCUGUUGUUGCUAAUUUGGGAUCAGCCAGCUUACUUGUGGACCUUGAAAAUGGUACUGAACAUAGCUGCAUUUUGAAGCUUUCUCUGCACGAGUUGAAUUUUCGGCUAUCUAUUGCAAAGCUCUUUGAGUGGUGGAUUGGUAGCAAGGCCUUGAAAGUUAUCACUUGUCCGAUUAAAAAUGAGGAUGAAAUACGAACUUUGUGCUCGGCUAAAGCUACUGUUUCUAACAGCUACGCGCAAGCACAUGGAGCAGAUGGUGAUAAAAAUAUAGUUAUUGAUAGAGAUGGUACUUCUGAUGAGAAAUGCCUAUUGUUAUAUUAUCAAGGAAGGAGAAACUCAGAUUUAAAUCAUCACAAGUAUUCAAUAUGGUUUAAUGAUGUUGACCUGCAUUUUUAUCCAUAUAUAAUUGGUCAGCUGGUUGGAUUUUCUGAUAAACUAGCCAAGUGCGGGGCAUCUCAUGUUACCAUGGCCAGUGCCGCUGUUGAGAGCUGUUUAGCAAAAGGGUCUGGUUUUGAGAUCCAAAGAUUUGGUUUCUCAAACUACUUUGGCAGAAAUGCUGACGAUUUGGAUUGCAUUCCAGUGGAACAAUUUCCUUUUAUUACUUCAAAUAAUGAUGGUCCUCUUCUCAACCUUGAAAGUUCACUGAAAUAUGCCGUUCCUGAGUGGAGAGAUCUACCUAAAUCGAAAGAGAGAAAAAUUAGAAGUCCAAGAUUUAGUUUCAAAAAACAAUUUGAACAAAUAAUUGCUCAGCCAGUUGAUCCUAGAUCUGAUGAUGAGGUUUUGCCUACAUCGUUGCCUGUUGAUAGGGCUGAUAUGUUUGCAGUUGAAUUAAAUCUCAGCAGUGUUCGACUGCAUUUUCAUGACUCUGCAAGUUUGAUUGGAACAGUUACAGUGCCUACCUCUAUAUCGUCUAUAGUCAUCUGUGAUGGUUGCUUUGAUGUAUUGUUUUCUUGCGAGGGAGUAACCCUUUCAUCAGCUUGGUGUAAUCAACAUCAUAGUAACAUUUUAUGGGGAUCUUUAUUACCUGAUCUCCCUUCAAUUCUGAACAUACGAGUCAGGAAAGGAAUGAACGGAUCACUAGGUUCCAUGAUGGAAUUAAGUAUCAGUGUGCAGCAUGUUUCUUGCAUUUUACCGCCUGAAUAUUUAGCAAUAUUAAUAGGCUAUUUUUCGAUUUCCGAUUGGAGACCAAAUGCUAAGCAGCAUUCAGUUGCUGAAACUUUUGAGUUAGCCAAUACUGAAACGAAUAUUAAUCUUAAGUUUGAGGUUUUGGACUCUGCUUUAUUUGUACCAGCUGGGAAUGAUGACUUUCAUCUUUUAAAGCUUAACAUUCAGCAAUUACUUUGUAGUUUCAUAGAAAAUUGCAGUUCAGAAAUUGUGCUGAAUGACAUUCCUGUUGAUUGUUUGGUUCCAGUUCAUAAAGUUGAUGGCAAGAAUGACUGUUGGAACAUAUCUGCACGCGAUUUAUCUCUUCAAUUGUUGCUCUUGAAGGAUGAUGCCUCUGAUUUCUUGGUAUCGGAUAAAAGCGCAACAAAAAUAAUUGCUACCUUAAUUUCUGAGCUUAGUGCUGAUGUAUGGAUUAGAGUGCCGUGCAAGUCCGUGUUGCUUUCUGUAGGCUCUUCUCCACUAUGCAUUAUGGCAAGGAUCUGCCAUAUUCAGUUUACGGUCGAAGGUGUUCAUGUACUUGCUGGCUAUGAGAUUCUAAUAGAUAUUAUAAAUCAAUUUUCCUCUGUUGAUGCCGACUCUCGAGGUUUCACAUCAGAUGUUGAGCAGUUUCUCCAGUUUAAGAGGAGUACAAAAGAAAGAAAAGGAGUUCUAGCUGAAUCUUCAAGUGUACAAUUGACAGAGAUUAAGUGUUCCUUCAAUUCAGUUUCACUGAAGUUGUACACCUCCAAAUGCGAUUUACCUGCAUCUGUACCUACUUUUGAAGCUGAAACACAGUUUCUAUGCUAUGCUUCGUUAAGAAUCGGCGAACCUCAUUACCUGGAUAUUUCGUUCUCCACUGUAUCACUAUUCUCACUUACUAAUUCUGUUAGGUUAGUGGAGUGCUGCUCAAGCUCAGUGGUUAGUGAGUUUAAUAUUUUAACCGCGGCAGUGGCAGAAAUUGAAGCUCGUGUUUCUCUUCCGCCACUAGACAUAUGGUUUUACUCGUCCGACUGGAGUGAGUUCAUUGACCUAUGUAGUUCAUACUUUAAACAUACACCCGAAAAUCCGAUCGUGAAAGUAUCAUCAAGAAAAUCAAUCAAUGAUCUUGUAGAGCAAGCUGAAAAUGAAGUUGAUGUUUCUAAUCCUCCACAAUCUGAUAGCGUGUCGAGUACAUUUGCAUCAUCGAACAUGAAGCCUGGUACAAGUUUGCUUCAUUUGAAGUCAGAAAAUAUUACCACAAAAGUCCAUAUACCUGUCCGAGUCAGUGGCGAGCUGUUUGGUGAAUUUACUGAGCUCCAAGUUCACAAGGAUUCAAGCGACAUGUACGAAGCAGACCACUAUGGUUUCAUUGUAUUUACUCUGGAAAGUAAAAGUAGUGAACUAGUUUUUGAUGGCAAAUCUGCAAAAGUAAAGUCCAACAUUGGAAAAAUAAAUGGAACAGUUGAAUUGUGCAAGGAAAUAAGUGAACGAGUGUGGCGUUUUUUUCAGAUCUUGCAAGUAUAUUUGGAAGCUAACAUCAGUACACAGGUGGACCUUAUGCAGAUAACAGGAGAAGUUCGGUGUGAUAGCAUCGACGUAUGGCUUUCUCAUCAUAUAUUUUAUAUUUGUCGAUGUAUCAUGCAUGGAAGUUCUUCACAGGGGUCAUCGCAGUUUGCAUUUGGUAAAACAGACUUAAACUUAAAUCUGAGGAGGCUCUCUAUUCUUUUGAUUGAUGGGAAGCAAAGCUCUAAUGGACCUCUAUUAGAAGUUCUUCUUCGGCAUUCUAUCUUGUGUGCAGUAUGCAAUGACAAUAAUAUACAGACAUCAUUUACUGGGGAUCUUCAAGUGAACUACAAUAAUUUUCACAAGGUAUUGUGGGAGCCGUUUGUAGAACCUUGGAAGUUUAACUUGAGCUUAAAGUGGCGAAACCAGAACAGUGUUCUUCUUAACACUGCGCUCAUGGCUGAUAUGUCUCUUUCAUCAACAUCAGAACUUAACUUAAAUGUUACAGAACCCUUUGUCGAGGUUGUUUUUAGAGCAAUUGAUAUGAUUGCAGAUGCCUGGGGUCUUCAAGGGCUGACCAGUCAUUCUGCGAGCCCUAGUUUUUUAAAGAAUCAGACUAAAGACAGCAUAUAUAAUGGAAGAUAUGCUCCCUAUAGAAUACAAAAUUUAACUUCUUUGCCACUUGCUUUCCGCGUUAUUGAAGGCCCACUCAGCACUUAUUAUUCAGAUGCUUCAGCAUCCGAAGAUGAGAUAGUUGUUCAGCCCGGUUCUUCAAUUCCAAUUUAUAUUGAUGAAAGUCCAGAGGAGCAACUCUUCCGCUAUAGGCCUGCACAUUCUUCUGAGAGGCUUGGUGAUAAGCAAUUCAUGUACACAGCACACCGCUAUGUUACCAUUCGACUUGAGGGUACUUCUGUGCCCUCUACUCCUAUAUCAAUGGAUCUUGUAGGUCUUAGCUGCUUUCACGUGGACUUUUCAAAGUCAGCAAAGAGUCUAAAAGGUGAUGCCCCAGAUGGCUUGAAAACCAAUUCUGUAGGGAAGAACAAAGCUGAACUGGACAGUGGCUAUGUUGUUCCUGUUGUUGUGGAUGUUUCUGUACAACGAUAUACAAAAUUGAUCCGUUUGUACUCGACGGUUGUACUGUCAAAUGCUACUUCUACACCAUUCGAAGUAAGAUUUGAUAUUCCUUUUGGUGUGUCUCCGAAGAUGCUAGAUCCUAUAAAUCCAGGCCAGGAGUUUCCUCUUCCACUACAUUUGGCUGAGUCUGGGCGAAUGAGAUGGCGCCCUGUUGGCAAUUCUUACCUUUGGAGUGAGGCUUAUAACAUCUCAAGUAUAAUUGGACACGAAAAUAAUGUUGGAGUUCUGCGUUCUGUUGUUUGCUAUCCAUCUCAUCCAAGCAGUGAUCCGUUUCGCUUUUGCGUAUCAGUGCGUGACAUGUGCUUACCUGCAUCUGGCAGGCUCAAAGAUGGUACAUCUCAGUAUAGUGACAAUACUGUAAAGCAAUCAUUUGAAAAUUCUCGUCAAGUUAUGCCAGCAAUGGAUGAGUCGAAGAAGUAUUUUCUACACCUGGUUACUAUAAGUACUCCACUAGUAGUGAGUAACUUUCUACCUGUAUCUAUAACUCUAGAAAUAGAAAGUGGUGGAGUUACACGCUCUGCAAUAUUGACUGAGGUAGAAAAUUCUUUUUUCCAUAUUGAUUCUUCUCAUGACCUUGCAAUGGUCUUCAAGAUUCAUGGAUAUGGACCUUCGGUUCUAAAAUUUCCCCGUGCAGAAAAAUUUGGUGCUAUGGCCAAGUUCAGCGGAACAAAGUUCUCUGCAUCUGAAACCAUUUCCUUCAAUUCUGAUUUAUUAUCUGAGGGUAAUUUAUUUGUAUCGAUCGAGUUGAUUAUGGAUGCAGUCUCAGGAGCUCGUGAAAUAUACAUUUCAGUCCCUUUUCUGUUAUAUAACUGCACAGCGUUUCCACUUGUUGUUUCCAAUUGUGUCAGUGACAUGAAAGUGCGGGGUUGUACUCUUCCAUCUUGUUUUAAUUUGGAGGAAGAUCUACCCCCAAGCAGAAAAGAUGGUUUGAGUCUGCUGAUUUCUGAUCAAGAUUUCCAAAUAACCUUGCAUAAUGGUAAUUUGAGAAAAUCUUCAGACAAUCACAUUGUCUCAACUAGGAAGCUUUUGGAACCCCACUCUUCAACUUUACCCGGAACUUCAUACAAGGAAAUAAGAACAGUAGAAUCAACAGCAAGAAGUUCAGCAAAUUUGUCUGGUUCUAGCAGCCAGUCAAACUCGAAAUUUCCUGAUUUUGUAGAAUUUGAUCAUAAAAGGGUUGGUGGUUGCAUGUAUUCACCAGUUUCUAACUCCUCUGCAAGUGAUAUCAAGGUUCAAGUAAGUCGAGGCCAGCCCAAGGGUCACAAGGAUAGCAGUCAAAACUGUAUCUGGUCAAAUCCGUUCUCCCUUGCUCCCUCAACUGGUUCAAUCCGAGUUCCUGUUCCAUACCCAUCUCCGAAUUCUGGGUAUAUAAUAGCUGUUACAUCUACUGUGGUUACUGGGCCAAUUUCUGGGAGAACAAGGAUGAUUACUUUCCAGCCCAGAUAUGUGAUCAGUAAUGCAUGCAGCCGGAAUCUGUAUUAUAAGCAAAAAGGAACUGAUUCGAUUUCUCAUCUACGAGUGGGACAACAUUCUCAAAUACAUUGGGCUGAUAGUACACUAAGGGACCUACUAGUUUCUGUUCGUUUUGAUGAACCUUCAUGGCAAUGGUCAGGAUGCUUUUUGCCUGAGCACCUAGGUGAUACACAGUUGAAAAUGAGAAAUCAUGUUUCUGGUGCACUCAACAUGAUUCGCGUUGAAGUCCAAAAUGCGGAUGUUUUAAUUGGAGAUGAGAAGAUCGGUGGAAACUACAGUGGAAAUUCUGGCACAAACUUGAUCCUGAUAUCGGAUGAUGAUACUGGUUAUAUGCCAUACAGAGUGGACAAUUUCUCAAAAGAGAGACUACGGAUCUACCAACAAAAAUGUGAAACUUUUGAAACAAUUGUGCACACAUACACCUCAUGUCCUUAUGCUUGGGAUGAACCCUGCUUGCCCCAUCGUCUUAUUGUGGAGGUACCUGGUGAACGUGUUUUGGGGUCGUAUGCUCUUGAUGAGGUGCAAGAAUUUUCACCAGUAUACUUGUGUGCAACUUCUGAAAAGCCUGAAAGGACUUUGCUUGUAUAUGUCCAAGCAGAGGGAGCAGUAAAGGUCCUUAGUGUUGUAGAUUCAAGCUGUCACAGUCUAAAUGAUUUGAAGGGUCCCCGUGUUACUAGUUCAAAUGUGAGAGGAAAACAAGAUAAACAGGAAACUUCUACACAUGACAAGGAAAAGUUAUCAAUUUUUAUUCCUUUCAUCGGAAUCUCAGUAAUGAACUCACACCCGCAGGAACUGCUUUACAUAUCUGCAAGGAACAUGACAGUUGAUCUGGGUCGGAGUAUUGAUCAGGAAACAUUUUCCAUACAAUUGUCAUCUCUGCAAAUUGAUAAUCAGUUGCCCAGUACACCAUAUCCUGUUAUCCUGUCUUUCGAGUAUGAAAUUAGAAACAACCCAGUUGGUCAAAUAAGAAGAAAAGAUGAUAACACAAGGUUAACUAGUGAUAGUGAGGUUGAGAUUGUUGACGGUUCAUGUGAUCCUGUAUUCACCUUGGCUGCUGCAAAGUGGAGGAACACAGAUACAUCAUUGGUUUCGUUUGAGUAUAUAAGCCUAAAGGUGGCUGAUUUUCAUCUAGAGCUUGAGCAAGAAGUAAUUCAAAGUGUUUCUAGUUUCUUUAAAACCAUAUCAUCAAGGUUCAAUGGUGAUAUUUUGCCUGAUGGGGUUUCCAUGCUGAAUCUUACAUCUGAAAUUGGUUUGGUUGAUAUAACUUCUACAUACGCUCAGGGCCAUGAAGGUGCUGAAAGUGCUGACCAAAUUUCUGCUAGUAAUAUUCCUAUAGUUACUGGAAACCACAAGAGCUGCUCUUUAUUACCAUCAGUGGUUCCAAUUGGAGCUCCGUGGCAGCAGAUUUAUCUCUUAGCCAGAACCCAGAAGAAGAUAUAUGUUGAACUACUUGAUUUGGCUCCUAUAAACUUGACAUUAAGCUUUUCUAGUAGUCCAUGGAUGCUUAUGAAUGGAGUGCUCACAUCUGGAGAAUCUGUUAUUCAUAGAGGUCUCAUGGCACUUGCUGAUAUUGAGGGGGCACAAAUUCAUCUUAACCAGCUUCUUAUUGUACAUCAGUUGGCUAGUUGGGAAUCCAUUCAAGUGAUCUUGAUCAGACACUACAAAGGGCAGUUUCUUCAUGAGAUUUACAAGGUCUUUGGUUCAGCUGGUGUUAUAGGCAAUCCCAUGGGAUUUGCUAGAAGUGUAGGCCAAGGCAUUAGAGACUUCUUGUCAGUUCCUGCGAAAAGCCUUGUGAAGAACCCAACUGGACUCUUCACAGGAAUGGCACAGGGCACCACUAGUCUUCUAAGUAACACAGUAUAUGCCAUUAGUGAUGCUACUACUCAAUUUAGCCGUGCAGCACACAAGGGUAUCGUGGCAUUUACAUUUGAUGACCAAUCCGCAGAGAGGAUGGAAAAGCAACAAUUUGGUAUAUCAUCACAUAGUAAAGGCGUAAUUAGUGAGAUCUUGGAGGGCCUUACUGGUCUUCUUCAAUCACCAAUCAGGGGUGCUGAAAGACAUGGUCUUCCGGGUAUCCUCUCAGGUAUAGCACUUGGAGUCACGGGCCUUGUGGCAAGACCAGCAGCUAGUAUACUUGAAGUCACUGGGAAAACUGCACUGAGUAUAAGAAAUCGUAGCAAGCUGUACCAUAUGGGAUCCCACCGGUUGAGGGUCCGUCUCCCUAGGCCUUUAAGUAGAGAAUCUCCACUGAGGCCUUACUCAUGGGAGGAAGCCAUUGGAACGUCUGUGCUUUCAGAGUUUGAUAGUGGCUUGAAGCUGAAAGAUGAUAUUUUAGUUCUGUGCAGAAGACUUAAACAAGGUGGGAAAUUUGUGAUCAUUACAGAAAGACUGGUCUUACUUGUUAGCUGCCUUAGUCUCCUAGACCUGGGUAAACCCAGGUUUCGAGGGAUUCCAGCUGAUCCAGAGUGGGUAACAGAGGCUGAGAUCGGAAUGGAUAGUGUGAUCCAUGCUGAUGCUGAUAAUGAGGUGGUACAUAUUGUCGGAAGCAGUUCAGAUACAUUGUCAAGGCAAAAACAGUACCAUCUGAACAGAAAUGAUAGAAGAAGGUGGAACAGUUCCUCUACACCUAUCCCGCUUUACCAAACGAAUUUGGAGUUCACAUGCAUGGAAGAGGCAGAGAACUUUUUGCAGGUACUAUUGGCUACGGUUAGGAAGGGGCAAGAGCAGGGAUGGGGAUAUGUAAAUCUUCUUCAUCAGAGUAAUCUUAAGUAGUGGGAGUGAGAAGUACAUAUUAUUUUCUUCUCGCUUCCUGUCAAUAUAAUUAGAUAUAGGUCUUGUUUAGUAAAAUAGAGACAUAACAGCAGCUUUCCAGAUUAGAUCAAAGGCUGUUUGUAGUGUACAUAAUGUAGAUGCAACCAGUGUAUUGUAAUUGUAUAUAUGUUGUAACAUUUUGGGUCAGCAGCUGGUUUUAUACGAAAUGUCAGACAAAAAUAGUAUAGUGAAGCAGUCGGACGUUAUAUGGCUUGUUAAUGUAAAAGAAAUAUAGAUACAAUACGAAGAAUAAAUACAUUGCAAGACUCUGGAACAUUUCCUUUCA